UCAAGAUGGCAGCCCCCACCUAAUGCAGCAUUUAUGUAUUGAUCAUUGGCAUGUAUACAAUUAUACGAGUGAAUUGAGAAUGAAAAAGCAAUUAUGUUACAAUACCUGUGCAUACUUAACGGCAGGGGAGAGCUAUUACUUUUAAAACACUAUAGAGGAGCUGUCCCUGUGAAAGUCACAGAAACAUUUUUUGAACAUCUGCAUACAGGAUCAGGAGCCCCUCGAUUUGAGAAAGAUGGAAACGUUUAUCAAUAUGUUAAGAAAGGCGAUUUAUAUUUUGCCUGCUCCGUGGAGAAAGAUGUCUCACCUUUUCUCAUCACAGAAUUUUUACAAAGGUUGUUCUAUCUGUGCAAAGACUUUUGUGGUGAUGUCAGCGAAGGAGCACUGCUGAAGAACUUUGUUCUUAUUCAUGAGAUGCUGGAUGAAGUUGUAGAUGGUGGCAUCAUACAGCAGACAGCUACAGAGAAGAUACGUCCUUUUAUCUACAGCGAGCCAGCACCAAUCUAUAAGGAUUGUGUAGCACAGACUGGGCUGUUUGGCGUAGAGAGAAGGAUCGCACCAGGAAGUGCAGCCAACAAGCCUGUGAUUCCAUCUCAAGCUGAUCUUGAACUGAGACGCAAUGAGGUGUUCAUUGAUGUGGUUGAGAAAAUGACAGCCUUAUUUGGGAGUGAUGGGAACGUGCUGCGAUCUGAGGUCAGUGGACAGAUCCAGCUGAAGAGCUUUCUUGCCGGCUCGUGUGUCAUCCAGAUGGCACUCAGUGACAACAUAGUCAUCGGCAACGACCGACAUGCGCCAGGCUAUGGCAGCACCACGUUGGAAGGCUGUAAAUUUCAUGAUUGUGUAAAGAAGGCAGAUGCAGGAAACAACUACUUGAUCAACCCUCCUCAGGGCGAGUUUUCAGUGUUGACCUACCAGAUUGGGGGAGAAGUAGGACACACGUUGCCAUUCAGGUUACAGACCGUUGUGGAGGACUAUGAUGUUAGCAGGGACAUGGAGGUCAUAUUGAAGCUUCGCUGUGAUAUUCCAGCAAGAACUAAAGCAGUGAACAUCUCUCUAACUAUACCUGUUCCGAAGGAGACUUCAGGGAUGUCACAUCAGUUGGGCUUAUCCGGGCAAACGGCAGAAUUCCAGCCCAAAGAGAAGCAAAUUUUGUGGAAAGUGAACAGCAUGAUGGGAGAGACGAGUCACAUCGCACAAUUUAAGCUGUUCCUGACAACACGCACGAAGGCUCAGCGCAUGGAGAUCGGGCCCGCCGUGCUGACGUUUGAGGUUUCCAACUACGUGCCGUCACAGCUGAGGGUUGCGCAGGUGCUGGUGCUCAAUGGCUCUCACUCCUUCACGCCAUAUCGCUGGGUGCGUUACGUAACGCUCAGUGAUUCCUACACCUUCAGAGUCUGAUGCUGAUUACCGGUGCCUGUAUACGCGUUGUGUUAUUAUCCCCCACCCCCCAGAAGAUGUCCACAAGUUUCAGCUAGUGGGUAAAAAUAGUGUGAAUUUCACUUAACACCAUCUCUACCAAUGGGUAUAAAGCACCAUCAAUUUAAUUUCAUUACUUGCUACUUCUAGUUAGCAUUAUAUCUAAUAUAUGUGAAUUAAUGUCCUCCUGAUAUUUGCAUUUGACAUGGAAUUAAUCAUGGAUAGUGGACAUCAAGGAAGGUAUGUGGUCUUAGGAGGGUGUGUAAAUUUGUGAUGUAUAGAAACAUGGGUAUGGAACUUUCAUGGCAUACAGUAUUUUGUUAAUAUUAUUUGGUUGUACCUUCUCAUUCUUAAAGGUAUUGACCUCUCUAUGUUCACUUGCUAGAUUCCAUCUGAACUCCUGUUGGGCAUAUUAUGCCUAACGUGAGAGCAUAUUAUUUAUUAUGUACAUUUUACCACUCUUUUAUUAAACCAGUAUCAAAUGAUGUACUUGUG